AUGAAAAUAAAAGUGCUUCUUGAAGGAUUGCUUCCUAUAGUCCUCAUACCUCUAUUUGACUUUUCAUUGCUGCUAAUGAUUAUACUACUAUGUUUGAUGAGUACUUUGUAAUUUUGUGCAUUCAUAUCAAAAUAUUGGAAUUCAAAGAGAUAAUUGGAAAUGAAAAUAUUUUACUCAAUUUGCUAGAGCUUGUUUUUUGUUGAAUGCAGUAUUUAACUCAAUAAAAUAAGUGUUUUUUUCUUAUACUUCAUUUGCAUUCAAAUUGGACAAGUAAGAAUUUAAGAUUGUAAAUGGAAUAAAAUUACAAUGUUAAUGAAUUUUUAUGUCUUAUUUAGAAUAAGUCAUUGGAAUUCCUUUGAUUUAUAUAUUUUUGGGGCUGGAUUAAUUUUAUUAUUAUUAAAUCUCUAUACUGAGUGGGUAUACUAAAAAUAGGUUGAAGUGGAUGCUUAAUAGUAAUCCUAUUUAUCAAAAAAGUCUUCGGAGAAAUCAAUUUUAAACAUAGUUCCAACGCCAGAGCACAAAAAAUAAUAACUCCAUUCUUCAACUAAUUCAUUGUAACAAGAAUUACAAGAAUGUUUCCACUUUUUCAACUUGAUUCCAGAUUCUUUAGUAUUAAUGACAGCACAAUAGUUGAAUGUGCAUUUUUGCAAUGCUGCAACUUUGGAACUGUUUAAGAUAAGUGAUAUGUCAAAUUUUAAGAGUUGUUUAGAAUAACUUACUGAUAUUGUAUCAACUUAGAAUAAAUCCGAAACCCGAGAUCCCAGAGAUUCUCUUCCUUCUUUUCAUAGUUUUUAACAAUCUUUCUAAUAGUAUAAAAUAAACAAUCCAAAAUAAUUAAAGGAGGAUCUUGAUUUGAAUGUAUUUGAUUUUUUUACUAUAGCAAAUACUAAGUGAUUUAAGCAGCAUCCAACCAAACAAGAGAUUCUUCCAAAUCCUGAAAAGCAGUCCUCACAACACUAUUUACAUAGGUAGCUAUUUAGCCAACUGGUACGAAAAUACCUGUUGUGUGGAUCUAGAAUAACCGAAAAAAAAGAGAUUGCUUGAAAUCAAUGCUCAUGCGACUUUGGUUGAUGAGAGAUUGAUGAUUCUUCUAUAAAUCAGAGAUGUAACACACAGAGAUUACAUCAGUCUAGUUAAGAAAUCAUAUUAGGCAAAAUCAAAUAUCAUUUCAUUUGUGAGUCAUGAAUACAGAACACCUUUGAAUUCAAUCAUCUAGUUCAUUUCUGCUUUGCAAGAAGAAAAAGAUAUGAAUUUAUAAAGCAAAUACUUAAAAAUUGCUUUAUCUAAUUGCAAAUAUUUAUUGAAUUUAUCAAAUGAUUUAUUAGAUUUUGCUUAGUUGAAAGCUGGCAAGUUUUCGAUAAGUCCAGUGGAAAUGGAUUUAUAAAAAUUAAUCGAGGAAUGUUUAGAAUUGUUCAGAUUAGAAGCAAGUUUAAAAAAGAUCAAAUUGUCUUUAAUAUAUAGAAAGAGUGCUCCUAGAUUAUUAAAUAAUGACCCUAAUAGAAUUAGAUAAAUUAUCAUUAAUUUACUAGGCAAUGCAUUUAAAUUUACAUUGCAAGGGUAAAUUGAAAUAAGAGUAUCUAAUUACUUAAAUAAUUCGAUUAAAGUGGAGAUUCAUGACACUGGCUAGGGGAUUAAGGAGGAGUACAAAGAGAAUUUGAUGUAAGCGUUUUCGAAAGUAGAUGAUAAAGACAGCAAGAAGCUGAAUCCUCAGGGAGUUGGUUUGGGAUUGCUUAUAAGUAAUAUGAUUGCAAGAAACCUAAGUAAAAAUGAGAAAGGAUUAUAAUUUCAAUCUGAAUAUAUGAAUGGAUCCUCGUUUUGGUUUUAUGUUUCUAAGAAUGUGUUUGAAACUGAGAUCAAGGAGGAAAUGGAUGAAAUUGAUGAAGAGAGUCCAGAACGCAGGCAAAGUUUAUGGAGAUAUAAUAAUAUAAAAACUCAUCGUUAAAGUAAAUGCAAAUGCACCAGCAUUUUAAUUGUGGAUGACAAUGCCUUUAAUAUUGAAGUGCUCAAAUUUUUGAUUAUGAAAAUAAGCCCUUCUAUACAAUUCGAUUGCUCUCUGGAUGGGUAUAGUGCUAUCUAGAUGGUUAAAAUGAACAGAUGCAAGAAAUGCAAUGGGUAUGAUCUAAUCUUUAUGGACAUUGAUAUGCCAACUAUGAAUGGAAUCUAAACUACUAUUUCAAUAAAGAAGCAGUUUCCAAAAAUACAAAUCAUAGGUUGUUCGGCCUAUUCAAAAAAGGAGGAAGAACAAUUGGCAUUACAGAAUGGAAUGGAUGGCUAUUUAGUAAAACCAAUUUAAAUUGAUUAGCUUAAAGCAUACUUAAGAUCUAAACUUUGA